AUGGAAUGGAAUGAUGUUCCUUCAGAAGAUAUCCUUAAAUACUGGACACAAUUCAAGUCAGAGCUUCCUUUAUUGACGAAAUUACACAUACCUCGUUUCAUUCGACCCACGAGCAGUGAAGUCACUGAACUGCAUUUAUUUUGCGACGCUUCAUUAAUUGGUUAUUGCUCGGUUGCAUAUUUACGAUAUAUUUUACCUUGUGGUACCAUUAAAACUUCUUUUAUUUGUGCCAGGUCCAGGGUGGCUCCUUUAAAAACUACAUCGCUACCACGAUUGGAGCUAUGCGGUGCUGUUUUAUUGGCCGAUCUCGCAGAAUUAAUCAUGUCCAGUACAUCUGUCAUUACAACGACUAAUGUAAUUGCUUGGUGUGACUCUACCGUCGUACUCAAUUGGUUAAGGGCAUCUCCUCACCGCUGGAAGACCUUUCUUGCCAAUAGAACCAGCCACAUACAAGAAAUCUUACCUGCAAAUUACUGGCGUCUCGUUCCAUCCGCUGAUAACCCCGCAGACGUUGGGUCGCGAGGUCUUUUACCUUCGGAAAUAGUCAAAUCUAGUAUAUGGUGGGAUGGUCCUGUUUGGUUGUCGCAAUCCUCGUCCAAUUGGCCUCACGAUGCUUCGAUAGAUUCCGAUGAUGAUGUCGUGUCAGCCGAAGAACGAAUCAUUACCGCUGCGAUUACUGAAAGGGUUCAAAAUUGUAUACUUACCUUGAUCGAGCGUUUCUCGAAUUUAAAUAAAAUAGAGAAUAUAGUUGCAUAUGUACUGCGCUUCAUUUCAAGUUGCAGAAAAACAAAUAGACAUAGAAAUGUAACGCUUUCGCUAUUUGAAAAGCAGAAUGCCCUUCAUGUCGUCGUUCGUUUGGUCCAGAACGAACAUUUCGAAGAAGUAUUUCAGCAAAUUAGAGCUGGCAAGCUAUUAUCCAAACCAAUUAGAAAACUCUCGCCUUUUAUUAGCAGAGAGAACUUACUCAGAGUGGGUGGACGACUCAAACAUUCAGAACUCCCAUAUGACGCAAAACACCCAAUUUUACUGCCUAGUCGUCAUCGAUUGUGUGAACUAAUUGUAGAACAUCUUCAUCAAAAGUAUCUACAUCCCGGUUACAGAACAUUAUUUUCUAUUGUUACCAAUCAGUUUUGGAUAAUUUCACCUCGACAUGUAAUAUAUAAAGUAAUAUCUAAUUGCAUUAGAUGUUUCAGAGCCCGUCCUAAGUCCUAUUCACCAAUGAUGGCGGAUUUACCUACAUUUCGUGUCCAACAGUUGAGAACAUUUGCGACGGUGGGUGUGGACUACGCUGGCCCAUUCAUUACCACCGCCCGCAAGUAUAGAGGUGCAAAAACAUUCAAAUCUUAUAUCUGCAUUUUCGUUUGCGCCUCCACGAAAGCUGUCCAUUUGGAAUUGGUGUCCGAAUUGACCAGUGACGCAUUUAUUGCUGCCUUGCGACGAUUCAUAUCACGCCGAGGAAGUUGCACUACUAUAUUUUCCGAUCGUGGCACAAACUUCGUCGGAGCCUACAACCAACUGACGAAACUUGCCCAAGAUGCCGGCGGUGAACUAGGCAUACAAUGGCUUUUUAAUCCACCUGCUUCGCCGCAUUUCAACGGACUCACCGAAGCGGGCGUUAAAUCUGUCAAGACCCAUCUACACAGAGUCGUUGGUAAACAAGUUAUGACUUACGAAGAGCUUUAUACUUUGUUGGUACAGAUUGAGGCAGUAUUAAAUUCCCGGCCUCUAUGCCCUUUGAGUGCCGAUCCAAACGAUUUACAAACCCUCACUCCUGGUCAUUUUUUAGCCCUUUCCCCUCUAAACUCUGAAAUUCCUAAUGAUGAUUUGCAGAAUAUACCAUCCAAUCGACUCACGCGAUGGCAACUGUUGCAAGGAAUGCUUCAGCACUUUUGGAAAAGAUGGAGCAAUGAAUACCUGCACACGUUGCAACAACGGUGUAAAUGGAACGUUCCAAUAAAAAAUAUACAGGCUGAAACCCUAGUAUUAAUCAGAGAUGAACUGAAAACUCCAUUACAAUGGGCCCUUGGACGGAUAACACAAAGUCAUCCUGGCGCAGACGGUAUUGUGCGCGUCGUAACCGUUCGCACUACGCAAGGGUUAUUACAACGCCCUGUAAUAAAACUUUGUCCCCUACCUUCAGAAACUUAA